AUGUCAGAGCUGCUCUGUAUUCCAUUCAAAAGAAGUCUAACAAUUGACCUUGGUGCUGAACUCGCUAAGGUUAUCGACAGUACUUUCUAUCAAGUAGCUUCGGAGUUCGAUGCCGAUUUAAAAACGAUUGACAGGCUUCGAAACGCAGCGCUGGAAGCAGAAGUUUCUUUAGCGGGACUUCACGCUCUACAAGACUACUACUUCCAGUUUGACCAGCUCAAAAGAAAGUUCCCAGAUGGACAGAUCAGUGUCAAGUGGUUCGAAACUUUAGGGCUCAAAUCCUUUGGUAGAGAAGAAUCAAGCUUCGAUUUCGAAAAACUUAACAUCCUUUACAAUAUUGGAGCAUUGUACUCUCUUCUGGCAGCAGAUUUCAACAAUGGGUCUCUUGAGGGUCUCAAGAAGGCAUGUUUUUAUUACAGACAUGGUGCUGGCUGCUUUGAGUUUAUCGAGAAUCAGUUAGAGUCCAUGAGCGACCCAAUCAUGGAACCUAAAUGUAUCGCAUGCCUGAAGAAUUUGAUGCUUGCCCAAGCUCAAGAAACUUUCUGGUUGAAAGCAGUAAGGGACGAAAUGAAGCAUAGUCUAAUAUCUAGGCUCGCUCUCCAAGUUGCCGAGUUUUACGAUAUCUGUUAUAAAAAAGCAGCAGCUAGUCAGCUUCUUAGAUCCGAUUGGCAAAAGCGGUUCACAGAAAAGUCUAUUUAUUUUCGAGCGGUCGCUCUUUAUCGAUACAGCUUGGGUUGUGGCGAUACUGCACUGACCGGUCAAAAAAUAAGAGCGUUGAGAGACAGUUUGAUACUUUUGAAGUCUUUGAGCUCCAAGGAUGAUAUAGUGCGUUCUUUAACAGUGAAGGUUCAGGAGGCAUUGAAAACUUCUGAGAGAGACAAUGACCUUAUUUAUCUUCAGGACGUGCCUCCUGCGAUCACGAACUUAAAACCAGCUACGAUGGUUAGUCCACUUUAUUUCGAAGGUUUGCAGGAUACCUCUGAUUCAGUGAGCAAUGGGCUUCAUGAUCAUCUUUUCAAAGAGCUUCUUCCGAUAUCUGUCAUGGAAAGUUCUAAUGCUUUCAACCAGCGUCAGGAUCAGUAUAUCCAGCAGCAUAUUAUCGACCCACUAAGAGCUUUGAACAAAAUCAUCAAUGCAAAGUCCCCACCGACUGCAAUUUCCGCUGAUAUUCGGCCUAUCUCUAAAGAAGAGUUUGAAGCUUGUCGUGGUUCAUUGAGUCAGUCUGAGACUAACGCUAGACAGGUAGCCAGUGCUUUGCAUCAAAUAUAUGAAAUACUGAACCAUGAGCAUGAAACGGAUCAGCUCCUGAGAAAGAAGUACGGUACUGACAGGUGGACAAUUGAGCCCUCUGACGAAGCAAAUGCUGAAUACUGGUCAAGAUAUUCUAAAUUGGAGUCUUAUUUACAAACGGGGAAAGCGGUUGACCUGGAAACAAUCCAGCUCUUCAACACAAUCGACGAGAAUCUUCUCACAAAACCCAUCAAGCUUCCUGAGUCUAACGAUCCUGUUGCCAGAGAAAUCAAUGCGGUCAUUGAUCGUCGUGAAGAUAUAAUCUCGCAGGUGAAAACCAAAGCAAGCCGAAACGUUCUCCUGCCAAAAAUUGUUUCUCUGUACAAGCAAACCGGCCAAACGGACUUUGAGGAUACGUUCACCGAGGGGCUGAAGGUUUAUCAGAAUGACCUGCUGUUAAUCGAAAAGGAGAAAAAUGACAAUAGGGAACUUCUUGACAGGCUGGAUGCAGAAGGUGAGGGGAAUGAUACAAAGAUGGAAAGACUAGAUGCUCGAGAUUUAUACAUCCAGGAUUUCAGAUACUCAAUGAAGCUCUUUGAAGAUGUCAAGGAAAAUCUCAACGGUGGCUCUAAAUUCUAUCAGGACCUGGUGACGUCAGUAAAUGCGCUGUUGAAUGAUGUUCAGAUUUUCGAGGCUGCACGGACAGAGAAGAAGAAACUUAAAGAACAGGAUAUUUUGAAGUAG